CCAUGCCACCUUUGGAUGAUUUUUUUUUGCAGGGGAUGUGAAGGUGGCAGAUGGCAUUUAUUUCACAUGUUUACAAGUUGAAGUUUUCACUAGUUCGUGCAGUGGGUUUGUACAGACUGGACUAUUGUUGCUGGAGUCGCACCUGACAAGAUGUUUGAUUUGAAGAAAGACUGGAGCAUCUCUUUUGCAGGAUGUGGUUUUAUGGGUAUUUAUUACGUUGGUGCCACCAGCUGUAUCCUUGAACGCUUCCCCCGCCUCAUACAAGGCGCCUCAUCCAUCUAUGGAGCUUCUGCUGGAUCUUUGAUGGCCGUUGUUCUUACUCUUGAACUUCCUCUAGAGAAAUGCUGUGCUGAUUUGAUGUUCAUGGCCAGAGAGGCUAGGAAGCGCAAACUGGGGCCCCUGCAUCCAGCUUACAACCUGCUGAAGAUCGUUCAGGACUCUCUGCUGGGGAUCCUUCCAGAAGACGCCCACGUUCGAGCCUCUGGGAAGCUCUGUGUGUCCGUGACCAGAGUGUCUGAUGGGAAGAACGUACUAGUGUCGGAGUUUAACAGCAAAGAGGAGCUCAUUCAGGCCCUCAUAUGCAGCUGCUUUGUCCCUUUCUACUGUGGAGUUAUUCCACCCACUUAUCGCGGAGUGCAUUACGUGGACGGUGCUAUCAGUGACAACCUGCCUCGAUGUCACCUGAAAAACACAGUCACGUUCUCUCCAUAUGCCGGUGAGUCUGACCUCUGCCCUCGAGGGAGCACGCUCAGCUUCCACGAGGUGCGCUUCAACAAUGUCAGCAUCCAGGUCAACUCAGCGAACAUGUUCAGGGUGGCCAGCUCCUUCUUCCCCCCCAAUCCUGAGACAAUGGCUGAAAUCUGCCAGAAUGGCUACAUGGAUGCUCUCCGCUUCCUGCAAGAGAACAAUCUGAUCAGCAGUGAGAGUCCCCUGAGAAGUUUGGAGAUGGAUGCACCUAAGCCUGCUUGUUGUGAGCUGGUGAAGGAGUCCAAUCAGAACGCACACAGACUUAAGGAAGAGCACUGGUGGCUGGAUCCACAGCUGACUGAGCACCUCCCAGUUAACAUUAAAAGGGUUUUGUGUGAGGCCUGUAGAAAGGCGCAUACUGCUGGUGGUCUGUUGUCCAACAUGACUGCGUACCUGAAAGUCUCCUGUACUCUGCCUGUGGUGUCGGCCUGCUCUCUUGCCAAGAGACUUGCGCACUGGAUCCCAGAUGUGUCAAGGGACAUGAGCUGGCUCUAUGGCAAGGCUGGAGACACAUACAAACAAGCUUUGAAGGAUGAUGUGGAGGACUACGACAGUGAGAAGCCACUGCGCAGAUGUACAAGCCUGCCGUUAGGCCUGAACCUGUGCAGUGCUCUCCCAAUGACCCCAGAAGCCACGCCCACCUCCGGUCUUGCCUUCACCUGGAACAUGCAAAGUGAGUUGGACCACUUGUCCCUGACUCCUCCCCCUACACCCACCUCUGAGUUUGGUGAAGCCACCACAGAGUCCACUACAAGCGCAGGUAGAGCCUGGGGUUUGGGCAGAGCCGUGGGGUGGAUCCGAAAUAGUCCACACCUCAAGACGGAUGAUUCAGUGUCCUUUUCUGCAUUUGAGUAAAGAUAUUUAAUAUUACACAGAAGAAAUGAAAAUGUUUAAUAAAGAAAUGGAAAAUG